UCGAACUUUUAGGACUCCAACAGUCGCAAUCAGUUCUUUUCAUAUGUAGAACCAGUUGUGAGUUGUGACAUAUGCGUACUAGUAGUGUACAUGGAUACGGUACGUUGUGCCAAAGCAAAAGCAGAGCUGGAAAAAAAAAAGGCAAAACAGCAGAGCUUGCAGUAGCCCCCUUUUCUCCCGAUAAAGUAGAGGGCCUGUAGCUAGAGACGCACCCUGCUCGGCCUGCAUCUGUGUGUUGCACGCGAAGCAGCCAAGGUCAGGCAAGAGAGAAGCUACCUAGCUACCAAUGGAGACGGAAGCGAAACGCGGCAUGGAUCCCGCCCUGUACAAGGCGGCGACGCAAGGGUGCGUGCGGAGCCUGAGGAAGCUGGUGGUGAAAGACGUCAAGAUCCUCAACUCCAAGACGCCGCAGGACAACACGGCGCUGCACCUGGCCGCCUUGCACGGCCACCCCAAGUUCGCCCGCCAGGUCCUCGCCGUGAGCGAGGAGCUGAUGGUCGCCAGGAACGCCGACGGCGACACCGCGCUCCACCUAGCCGCCAAGACGGGCAGGCAGAAGGUGGCGGAGGUGCUCGUCGACAUCGCGCGGGCGUGGCCGGACGAGCCCAACUCGGAGGACACGCUGCUCAAGAGCCCCCUGAUAAUGACCAACCAUGAGGGCAACAACCCGCUGCACGAGGCGGUGCGGCACCGCAAGACCGCCGUCGCGCUGGCGCUGCUGGACGCCGACCACAGCCGCGCCUACGACCCCAACGAGAAGAUGGAGUCCCCGCUGCACAUGGCCGCCCGCGAGGGCCUCGUCCAUGUCGUCCGCAAGGUGUUCGAUUUCGCCUGGGUCGAGCCGCAGUACGUGUCAUCUGCCGCCGUCAGCGGCACGGCUCUGCACCAGGCCGUGCUCGGCGGACACACCAAGGUUGUGGAGAUCAUGCUAGAGAAGCACGAACAGCUGGUGGACAUGACCGACUCCAACGGCAACAACGCGCUGCACUACGCGGCGCAGAAGAACAACUCGCACGUGGUGGAGCUGCUGCUCCACAAGAAGACGCAGCUGGCCUACAGCCGCAACAAGGAUUGGCAAUCCCCGCUGCACGUCGCCGCGCAGUACGGCUCGACGGCGGUCAUCAAGGCGCUGCUCCACCACUGCUCCGAUGUGUCCGAGAUGGAGGACGGCAACGGCCGCAACGCCUUCCACGCCUCCGUCAUCAGCGGCAAGGCGAACGCGCUCAGGUGCCUGCUCCGCCGCGUCCGUCCCGCGGAGCUGCUCAACCGCGCCGACAAAAACGGCGACACGCCUCUGCACCUCGCCGCCAAGAUGAGCCACGUGCACUCCGCGCUGAUGCUGCUCAGAGACCGCCGCGUCGACCCCUGCAUCCGCGACCGCGACGACCAGACGGCGCGCAGCCUCGUGGAGAAGAAGCUGCACACCGGCGAGACGGAUGCCCACGAGAUGUACCUCUGGAAGCAGCUCAAGCGCCAGGAGUCCGCUAGGUGCCGCAAGCAGCAGCUGCCGCCCGUCACCUUCUCCGGCGACAGCAGGACCUCCAGCCACAAGUACUUCGAGCGCAGCGUCGAGACCUACAUCCUCGUGGCCACCCUCAUCGCCACCGUCACCUUCGCCGCCACCUUCACCAUGCCCGGCGGCUAUUACCAGGACAGCGGCAUCGCCAUCCACGGCCAUGACACCGCCUUCAAGAUCUUCGUCAUCUCCAACACCGUCGCCAUGUGCAGCGCCAUUGUUGUUGUCUACUGCUUCAUCUGGGCAUGGAAAGAUCCCCUCAAGUUCAAGAUUGACCAGCUCGUGUGGGGACACAGGCUCACUAUGAUCGCUGGUCUCGGCAUGCUCGUCUCGCUCAUGGCAUCAGUCUACAUCACCGUACCACACAAAUCACGGUGGCCCGCCUACGUCGUCAUCGCCAUCGGCAUGAGCACCCCGGCCGUCGUCGUCCUCAUGCUCGGCCGGGAUGUGAUUUUCGUCCCGCUAGAUCAGAUUGACAGCGCGCAGAGCCUGUUCGAUCAGCAGUUACAAGCCAUGGAUAGCGAGAGACGCAUGAAUCCGGCGUUGUACAAGGCGGCGACGCAGGGGAAAAUGUCGAGCCUGAAGCAGCUGGUGGAUCCGGAGGACCCCAGUGUCCUCAGCGCCACGACGCCCCAGCUGAACACGGCGCUCCACCUCGCCGCGCUGCACGGCCACGCCGAGUUCGCCGGCGAGGUCCUGGACAUGAACGAGGAGCUGCUCGUCGCCCAGAACAACGACGGCGACACCCCGCUGCACCUGGCGGCCAAGGCGGGCAAGCUGGAGGUGGCCAGGCUGCUCGUCAACCGCGCCCUGGCGUGGCCGCAGGACAAGAAGAGCCCUCUGAUCAUGACCAACAAGGCCGGCGACACCGCGCUGCACGAGGCGGUGAAGUACCGCAGGGGCGCCGUGGCGGUGGUUCUGCUGGACGCCGACCCCAACCGCGGCCACGACCUCAACGAGCGGAUGGAGUCCCCACUGGACAUGGCCGCCCGCGAGGGCCUCGUCCAAGUCGUCCAGAAGAUCGUCAACUCCCCCUGGGUCGGCCAGGAGUUCUUGCCCGGCAUCUCCCUCAGCGGCACGGCUCUGCACCAGGCCGUGCUGGGCACCCAUCACCGGAUCGUGGAGAUCCUGCUGGACAAGAGGCCUGAUCUGAUCGACCUCACCGACUCCGAUGGCAACAACGCCCUGCACUACGCGGCGCAGAAGGACCACCAGAGGGCGGUGGAGAUGCUGCUCAAGAAGCGAACGGAGCUGGCCUACAAGCGCAACAACAAGAGCAUGUCCCCGCUGCACGUCGCCGCGCAGUACGGCUCGACGGACACCAUCAAGGCGCUGCUCCGGCACUGCCCGGACGUGGCCGAGAUGGCGGACAGCUACGGCCGCAACGCCUUCCACGCCUCCGUCAUCAGCGGCAAGGCGAACGCGCUCCGGUGCCUGCUCCGCCGCGUCCGCCCCGCGGAGCUGCUCAACCGCGUCGACAUCAACGGCGACACGCCUCUGCACCUCGCCGCCAAGAUGAGCCGCGUCCACUCCGCGCUGAUGCUGCUCAAUGACAGCCGCGUCGACCCCUGUGUUCGCGACCACGACGGCCAGACGGCGCGCAGCCUCGUCGAGAGGAAGCUGCACACCGGCGAGAUGGACGCCUACGAGAUGUACCUCUGGAAGCAGCUCAGGUAUCAGGAGUCCAAGAGGUGCCGCAAGCAGCAGCUGCCGCCGCUCGCCACCUACCCCAGCCGCAGGGGCAACGACAAGUACUUCGAGCGGAUCGUCGAGACCUACAUCCUCGUCGCCACACUCAUCGCCACCGUCACCUUCGCCGCCACCUUCACCAUGCCCGGCGGCUAUAACCAGACCACCGGCAUCGCCCUUCAGGGCCACCACGUCGCGUUCCAGAUCUUCGUCGUCUCCAACACCAUCGCCAUGUGCAGCUCCAUCGUCGUCGUCUUCUGUUUCAUCUGGGCCUGGCAGGACCCCGUCAGGUUCAAGGUCGACCAGCUCUUGUGGGGUCACAGGCUCACCGUCAUCGCCUGCCUCGGCAUGCUCGUCUCGCUCAUGACCGCCGUCUAUAUCACCGUGGAACCCGUAUCACGGUGGCCAGCCUACGUUGUCAUCGCCAUCGGCACCAGCACUCCGGCUGUCGUCUUCCUCAUGCUGGGCAGGGAGGUGAUCUUCGUGCCGCUGUAAUUAAAUGACUGCACGGCUUCUAAAUCUACAAACCAUAUUGUGAUUUUGACUAGUUACCAAUUCAUCUAUGAUUGAAUUUGAAUAUAGCCAUUAGAUUCCU